AUGUUGGCAUCAAAGUCGUUGGUACAGAGACGGCUAGCCUCUGCCGCCGCUGCCCAUUCCAGCCCUCUGGUGGGCGCUGUCGAGACCAAAGUCACGCGUCUUCCCAACGGUCUUUCGGUGGCCUCAAUCGAAACGAAUGGACCCGUGUCUUCACUUGUUCUGGCUUACAGAGCUGGAUCCCGUUAUCAGCAGCCGGAUGAGAAUGGUUUGGUCCAUCAUUUGCGUAACAACUUCGGCAAGGAUUCCGCCAGUUAUCUUGGGUUGAAAUUGCUUUGGCAAUUGGGUUCAGUUGGUGGAAAUGUGACCGCUUCUCACGGAAAAGACUUCUUGGCCGUUCAGACCAAUGUGGUAAGUUGAUUUGACUCAGUAUUGUUUGGUUUUUGUCUCCACUUAUUUGGUAUUUUCGAUGUUAACGUAAAAAAUUUUUAACAAGUCCAAUCUAGAUCCGAGACGGUUCGGCCGUCGCCGUUUCCGUUCUUGGAGAACUUGCCAAGCCCGCCUUAAAGCCUUGGGAUGUUGAGGAAGCCACUGAGACUCUUCCAGUUGAUUUGACCGUUCAACAGCCUUUCGAUGUUGUCGUUGACCUUGUCCAUCGCGCUGCUUACAGGUAUGCCCAUUUUAAUAUUUUGAAAUUCUGUCUUUAGAAACGGCCCAUUGGCCAAUUCAGUGAACGCCCGUCCCCAUGAAGUCGGAAAGAUCUCCGUCAAACAAUUGGAAGCCUUCUCUGCUUCCCGUUUGGUCUCCGGAGAAGCUGUUCUUCUUGGUGUCAAUGUUGAACAUUCUGAUCUUCUCGGAUACGCCCAAGCUCAGAAUGUGAUUUCUGAAGGUCGUGGUAAAGACGCUGUUCCUUCUCCCUAUCUUGGCGGGGAUGCUCGAACUGUUGGCCCAUCCAGCAUCGCUCAUGUUGUUAUUGCUGGAGAAGGUGCCGGGCUCAAGGACACCAAAGCUGUUGCUGUUCAGAGAGUUUUGGCUGCUCUGGUUGGACAAAGUGAGUGUAAAGUCUUGAGGAUUAUUGCUUUCAACUUUUAGCCGCCGAAGUCAAGUUUAGUGGAUCCGCGGGCAGCGGAGUUGUGGGCGCGACUGUUCAGAAGGCCGCCAACCAAAGACCGGUCGGAAUUUCGGCUGUCGAUGUGAACCACUCCGAAACUGGUCUUGCUGGAGUUUAUGUUGUUGUUGAAGGCCAAUACGCCGAACCUGUAGUCCGCGCCGCUUUUGAUGGCUUGAAGAAGAUCGCUUCAGGCGUUGAAACGGCCGUUUUUGAAGCCGCCAAAGCCAACGCUAAACUCAACACCCUGUUGGCGUUGGAAAACCCAGCCAGUUUGGCCCUUGAAACCGCCGCUGAUGUCCUCGUCAACGCCACCGUAACCUCGCCAUUGGAUUUUGCAGCCGAAAUCAGCAAAGUUUCCGUGGAAGAUGUGAAAAAGGCCGCUCAAAAAAUUGUCCAGAAACCGUCCGUUGCGGCGUACGGCCGUGUGAACCAAGUCCCAUACGUCGAUCAGCUCUAA